AUGUGGACGAAGGUUGUGGGGCUGGGGGUGGCGACGGUGCUGGCGAUCAAGAGCAGCACCCCGCCGAAUGCUCCACCGAAAGAUCCUGCAGCGGGCAAGGUGGUGAGCGAGGGCGCCCUGGCCGCCUUCCUCGUCAAGUGGGGCCAGCACCUGGCUGCACUCCUCUACGUUGUGGCCUACUGUACCUACAUGUACGCGAUGUGGCAGCAGGAGAUGGCCCAUAACGCUUUCGCGGAGGCCAGCAGCUUCGCACGGUGGUACCCAAGCGACGUAAUCGCACUUGCCAUGGUCGUGGCUGGCGCCCUGCUCCGCCUGUGGUGCUAUCGCACCCUGGCGCGCCACUUCACCUUCAGCCUCACCAUCUUGCGCAACCACGAGCUCGUCCAGUCUGGUCCCUACGCGCUCCUCCUCCACCCGUCCUACACCGGCGCGGUCCUCGUCCAGGCCGGCUACCUGGCGCUGCUCGUGUGGGACCGCCUCUGGUGGCUGCAGCCGUGGCCCCUCUCGCUCCUCCGCUUCGACAUCGCCUGCGCCGUGCUGGCGCUGCUCACCGCGGCCGCUUUCUACCGACGCGUCUCAGUCGAAGAGGCCGCCCUCCACCGCCACUUUGGCAAGCGAUGGGAGGCACACACCGCCACCCGCAAGCGCUUCAUCCCCUUCCUUUUCUAG